AUCUGUCGACAGCCACAGAGAUUACACCAAAAGGCCUCGGAGCACAUUGGGCUCGCUGUUUGACGUGGAGAGGUGGGAAGACUUUCUGAUCCUGCUGAUAAACUCGCUGAGGCUUUGGGGGAUUCGAGACGGCCCCAUCGGGGAGAAGGGUUCUGUUAG